GGGCGGGGGCGGGGGCGGGGGCGGAGGAAGAGGGAGUGCGAGGGAGCGAGGAGAGUCGGGCAACAUCUGUUAAAACUUGGGGGAGGAGGAGCGCGGGGAGGAGGAGGAAGACGAGGAGAGGAGGGAAGGAGGGAGCGCGGAGCCGAGGGACAACUUUUCCACCCCGGCAUUUUUGGUCGAAGAGAGCUGAAGUAAUGAGAAGACAUCAUGGAGGCCCAGUCCCACAGCUCCACGACCACUGAAAAGAAAAAAGUUGAGAAUUCCAUAGUGAAGUGCUCCACUCGAACAGAUGUGAGCGAGAAAGCCGUUGCCUCCAGCACCACUUCUAAUGAGGAUGAAAGUCCUGGACAGACUUAUCACAGAGAGAGAAGAAACGCAAUCACUAUGCAGCCACAGAAUGUCCAGGGGCUCAGCAAAGUCAGUGAGGAACCUUCAACAUCGAGUGACGAGAGGGCCUCACUGAUCAAGAAAGAGAUCCAUGGGUCCCUGCCACACCUGGCGGAGCCCUCUGUGCCGUACCGCGGGACAGUGUUUGCCAUGGACCCCAGGAAUGGUUACAUGGAGCCCCACUACCACCCUCCUCAUCUUUUCCCUGCCUUCCAUCCUCCUGUACCAAUUGAUGCCAGACAUCAUGAGGGCCGUUACCAUUACGAUCCGUCUCCGAUUCCUCCAUUGCAUAUGACUUCUGCCUUAUCUAGUAGCCCUACGUAUCCGGACCUGCCCUUCAUUAGGAUCUCCCCACACCGGAACCCCGCUGCUGCUUCCGAGUCUCCCUUCAGCCCUCCACAUCCCUACAUUAAUCCCUACAUGGACUAUAUCCGCUCCUUGCACAGCAGCCCGUCGCUCUCCAUGAUCUCAGCAACCCGUGGGCUGAGCCCUACAGAUGCGCCCCAUGCAGGAGUCAGCCCAGCAGAAUACUAUCAUCAGAUGGCCCUGCUAACUGGCCAGCGCAGCCCCUAUGCAGACAUUAUUCCCUCGGCUGCCACCGCCGGCACGGGGGCCAUCCACAUGGAAUAUCUUCAUGCUAUGGAUAGCACCAGAUUCCCUAGCCCCAGGCUGUCAGCCAGGCCGAGCCGAAAACGUACACUGUCCAUAUCACCACUGUCCGAUCAUAGUUUUGACCUUCAGACCAUGAUAAGGACGUCUCCCAACUCCUUGGUCACGAUUCUCAAUAAUUCCCGUAGCAGCUCUUCAGCAAGUGGCUCCUAUGGUCACUUAUCUGCAAGUGCAAUCAGCCCUGCCUUGAGCUUCACCUACUCUUCUGCACCCGUCUCUCUCCACAUGCAUCAGCAGAUCCUAAGCCGACAACAGAGCUUAGGUUCAGCCUUUGGACACAGCCCUCCACUCAUCCACCCUGCCCCAACUUUCCCAACACAGAGGCCUAUUCCAGGGAUCCCUACGGUUCUGAACCCCGUCCAGGUCAGCUCCGGCCCUUCUGAGUCCUCACAGAACAAGCCCACGAGUGAGUCUGCAGUGAGCAGCACUGGUGACCCGAUGCACAACAAGAGGUCCAAGAUCAAACCCGAUGAAGACCUCCCCAGCCCAGGGGCUCGGGGGCAGCAGGAACAGCCUGAAGGAACAACCCUUGUCAAGGAGGAAGGGGACAAAGAUGAAAGCAAACAGGAGCCUGAAGUCAUCUACGAGACAAACUGCCACUGGGAAGGCUGCGCGAGGGAGUUUGACACCCAAGAGCAGCUUGUGCACCAUAUAAAUAACGACCAUAUUCAUGGAGAGAAGAAGGAGUUUGUGUGCAGGUGGCUGGACUGCUCAAGAGAGCAGAAACCCUUCAAAGCCCAGUAUAUGUUGGUAGUGCAUAUGAGAAGACACACGGGCGAGAAGCCUCACAAAUGCACUUUUGAAGGUUGCACAAAGGCCUACUCGAGACUAGAAAACUUGAAAACACACUUGAGAUCUCACACUGGAGAGAAACCAUACGUCUGUGAGCAUGAAGGUUGCAACAAGGCUUUCUCAAAUGCCUCUGAUCGCGCCAAACACCAAAACAGAACGCAUUCCAAUGAGAAACCAUAUGUGUGCAAAAUCCCAGGCUGCACUAAGCGUUACACAGACCCAAGCUCCCUCCGGAAACACGUGAAGACAGUGCAUGGCCCAGAGGCUCAUGUCACCAAGAAGCAGCGAGGGGACAUCCAUCCUCGGCCCCCACCCCCGAGAGAUUCCGGCAGCCAUUCACAGUCCAGGUCGCCCGGCCAACCGACUCAGGGAGCCCUCGGUGAGCAGCAGGACCUCAGCAACACUACCUCAAAGCGGGAAGAAUGCCUCCAGGUGAAAACCGUCAAGGCGGAGAAGCCAAUGACAUCUCAGCCAAGCCCUGGUGGUCAGUCUUCAUGCAGCAGCCAACAGUCCCCCAUCAGCAACUAUUCCAACAGUGGGCUCGAGCUUCCUCUGACCGAUGGAGGUAGUAUAGGAGACCUCAGUGCCAUCGAUGAAACCCCAAUCAUGGACUCGACCAUUUCCACUGCAACCACAGCCCUUGCUUUGCAAGCCAGGAGAAACCCAGCAGGGACCAAAUGGAUGGAGCAUGUAAAACUAGAAAGGCUAAAACAAGUGAAUGGAAUGUUUCCGCGACUGAACCCCAUUCUACCCGCUAAAGCCCCUGCGGUCUCUCCUCUCAUAGGAAAUGGCACACAGUCCAACAACACCUGCAGCUUGGGUGGGCCCAUGACGCUUCUCCCGGGCAGAAGCGACCUCUCUGGGGUUGAUGUCACUAUGCUGAACAUGCUCAACAGGAGGGACAGCAGCGCCAGCACCAUCAGCUCGGCCUACCUGAGCAGCCGCCGCUCCUCAGGGAUCUCGCCCUGCUUCUCCAGCCGCCGCUCCAGCGAGGCGUCACAGGCCGAGGGCCGGCCGCAGAACGUGAGCGUGGCCGACUCCUACGACCCCAUCUCCACCGACGCCUCGCGCCGCUCCAGCGAGGCCAGCCAGAGCGACGGCCUGCCCAGCCUGCUCAGCCUCACGCCCGCCCAGCAGUACCGCCUCAAGGCCAAGUACGCGGCUGCCACAGGAGGGCCGCCGCCCACGCCCCUGCCCAACAUGGAGAGGAUGAGCCUGAAGACGCGCCUGGCGCUGCUCGGGGACGCCCUCGAGCCUGCCGUGGCCCUGCCUCCAGUUCAUGCCCCGAGGAGGUGCAGCGACGGGGGAGCCCACGGCUACGGGCGGCGCCACCUGCAGCCGCACGAUGCGCCGGGCCACGGCGUGAGGAGGGCCAGCGACCCCGUGCGGACAGGCUCCGAGGGCCUGGCCCUGCCUCGCGUGCCGCGCUUCAGCAGCUUCAGCAGCUGCAACCCCCCGGCGAUGGCCACGUCCGCAGAGAAGCGCAACCUCGUGCUUCAGAAUUACACACGGCCCGAGGGCGGCCAGUCCCGAAACUUCCACUCGUCCCCCUGUCCUCCCAGCAUCACCGAGAACGUCACCCUGGAGUCCCUGACCAUGGACGCUGAUGCCAACCUGAACGAUGAGGAUUUCCUGCCGGACGACGUGGUGCAGUAUUUAAAUUCCCGGAACCAAGCAGGGUACGAGCAGCACUUCCCCAGCGCCCUCCCGGACGAGAGCAAAGUGCCCCACGGACCCUGUGACUUUGACGCGCCCGGGCUGCCAGACAGCCACGCUGGCCAGCAGUUCCAUGCCCUCGAGCAGCCCUGCCCUGAGGGCAGCAAAACCGACCUGCCCAUUCAGUGGAACGAAGUCAGCUCUGGAAGCGCCGACCUGUCCUCCUCCAAGCUCAAGUGUGGCCCGCGGCCCGCUAUGCCGCAGACUCGCGCCUUUGGGUUCUGCAACGGCAUGGUAGUCCACCCGCAGAACCCCUUGAGGAGCGGGCCUGCUGGGGGCUAUCAGACCCUCGGGGAGAACAGCAACUCCUACGGUGGCCCAGAGCACUUGAUGCUCCACAACAGCCCCGGAAGUGGCACCAGUGGAAACGCCUUCCAUGAACAGCCCUGUAAGGCCCCCCAGUAUGGGAACUGUCUCAACAGGCAUCCAGUGGCCCCUGGUGCACUUGACGGUGCCUGUGGUGCCGGGAUUCAAGCCUCAAAGCUGAAGAGCACCCCCAUGCAAGGGAGCGGGGGCCAGCUGAAUUUCGGCCUGCCGGUAGCGCCAAAUGAGUCAGCUGGCAGCAUGGUGAAUGGCAUGCAGACCCAGGACCCAGUGGGACAGGGGUACCUGGCUCACCAGCUCCUCAGCGACAGCAUGCAGCACCCGGGGGCAGGCCGCCCCGGUCAGCAGAUGCUUGGGCAGAUUAGUGCUACCUCACACAUCAACAUCUAUCAAGGGCCAGAGAGCUGCCUGCCAGGGGCUCACAGCAUGGGCAGCCAGCCGUCAAGCUUGGCAGUUGUCAGGGGCUACCAGCCAUGUGCCAGCUUUGGGGGCAGCAGGCGCCAGGCUAUGCCGAGGGACAGCCUUGCUCUGCAGUCAGGACAGCUCAGUGACACAAGUCAGACCUGCAGGGUGAAUGGCAUCAAGAUGGAGAUGAAAGGGCAGCCCCAUCCGCUGUGCUCUAAUCUGCAGAAUUACUCUGGUCAGUUCUAUGACCAAACCGUGGGCUUCAGUCAGCAAGACACCAAAGCUGGUUCAUUCUCUAUUUCAGACGCCAGCUGCCUGCUACAGGGGACCAGCGCCAAAAACUCUGAGUUACUUUCCCCAGGUGCUAAUCAGGUGACAAGCACAGUGGACAGCCUCGACAGCCAUGACCUGGAAGGGGUACAGAUUGACUUCGAUGCCAUCAUAGACGAUGGGGACCACUCCAGCCUGAUGUCAGGGGCCCUGAGCCCAAGUAUCAUUCAGAACCUUUCCCAUAGCUCCUCCCGCCUCACCACGCCUCGGGCGUCCCUCCCAUUCCCAGCGCUGUCCAUGAGCACCACCAACAUGGCUAUCGGGGACAUGAGUUCUUUGCUGACCUCCCUAGCGGAAGAAAGCAAAUUCCUUGCAGUUAUGCAAUAGGCUUUAGGAAAAAAAGGACUGCAACCAACGUAAAUCAAUAGGAGUUGAAGAGAUUAAACUGACUUUGUUUUGGCUGUUUUUUUAGUUCUGUAUGUAUUUUAGCAAUCUCAUCUCACCUAACUGAGAUGUGUUUCAAAUAUAUUCCUUUUAUGGAAAAGGACUCUGAAAAACCCUAAAGUAUUCUAGGGAGAAACUGUCUUCCAUUUCAGUUUUGAAUCAGUAUUGUUACACUCAAACCACCCUCUUUUUUAAAAAAAAGAAAACAAACUGUAAGCCCCGCCCCCUUUUUAGUAAACCAAUGUAAAUGUGUGAUGUGCAUAUUCUUCUUUCUUUUAGAAGAGCAGUCGAAUUAAAGGAUUUGACAUGUUUUGCUGUUGCUCAAAGGAAAUAGGAGUUGGUGUGCUUGUGACCAAGGGGUUACACUUCCAGGUUUAAAAUUCUCCUUUACAUGUGCUCAGUGUUUUGUUUUGUGUUUUGGUUUCUGUUUUUUUAUUUUAAUUCCCACAUUGGGCACAAGAAUCAGAAUAUGGAUAGCUAGUUUAAGAAACUUUUGCACUGUAGCAUAGAUGACAGAAUAUUGAUGUUCUCCCCAUCUCCAAUUCAGUUCAGGUAAUACUUUCCACAGUUAAACAGAAGUGGGAACUUGGGGCUCUUGUAAAUGAAAUAGGCGCUCACAGUUUUGGUUUUCAGCUCUUCAUGUCUGUAAGUGUGCUUUGGGGGAGGCUACGUCUGUAUGGUCGGUUCUCAGUUAUCACAUUUGCCUCUCCUCGCACUACCUUCAUGAGCAUUCAGUGCUGUUUCACACUGCAGUCAGAGAGAAGGGACGGGCAGUUGGUGACACUCAGCCACAUUGCUACUUUUAUCUGUUCUGGUAAGAAGUUAGAUAGAUGGUAGAUUGAAGCAAUUGGGUAGAAUUAGUUGGGGGAAUAUUUAUGGGUUGCUGUGUUUGUUGCUUAGUUCCGUCUCUUUCCCAUUUUAACUGAGAAUUGAUUAUAUAUAGCUCUAAGUAUAUAGGUAUUUAAACAACCCCACAAGCGGCUGUGUCAGUAACAUUUAUUAAUUCCACUAUAGUGAAGGAGAAUUUCCAUUCUAAAUACCUUAUUUUGAGGAUUUAUAACACUUAGUUGUAAAAGAGAAAGCCCACAUAGUGGGAAUAAAUUGCUUCAGCCAUUUUUAGUAUUUGAGAGCACUAGGGAAGAUGUUUAGUAGCUGUGUGGAUGCCUUUUUUCACACCCUGUCUAUUGAAUGCUGCAUCCAUUCACAAAGUUAAGUGUUACAUGCAGUUAGUCCUUAAUGUGGACUGGACCUGUACUUUUGUUUUGGAUUAAAACAUUUAAAGAUUUUUGAAGUGCAGCUACUCCCCACGUGCAUUUGAUACACAUAAAAGUCAUACUGUGUGUGCACAAAGAGUACAUGGAUUUUCCAGCAUAUUGCUUUAAAAAAUUAUAUAAACUCUUAAAAUAUUAACACCUCAGGCUACCUGCUGUAUUCUGUCCCGUUGACCCCUGGAAUUGGAUUUAUUUCAAGUGAUUGAUAAUUCAAUUAUGUGGCUUUUCCCCUUUAAUCCUGCCAUUUAAAUUACAGUAGAAAGACAAAAUCAAGUAAAAUAAAGUGUUAGAUAAUAGAAAGAGUGUUAGGACCAGCCCACUUUUCUCAUGUUUAUGUUCUUUCAUUUGGACCAAGAAUCUCCGCAUGGAGGUUGAUUUGCCACUGGGGACUUUGGCUAAGACUAUUGGGUUUGUUUUCAACUAGAUGUUCCUGAGACAAGCAGAGGGACGCUGCAAUUCCCCUUCCAUGUCUGCUGUCCUCCCCCAUGUAAGUCUUCUUUGAAAUUAAAGGAUGUGUCUCCUUUGGAACAGCCCCAUAACAAAAGAGAACUACUGAUCUGAGCAUAGGAGAGUAGAGACUCUACCACUUUUCAGUUGAAAAAGUAAGACUUUCUCUGUGUUUCUGAAACAGGGCAUGAUGUUGUCACAGAAUCAGAGAUCCAGUCUCACUUUUCCACAGAUCUCCAAAUCUCCGGUCUUAUCUUGUGUGCUCUAAUGGUUUGGCUCAAUCCCUUUCCAACUCUUGUUUUCAAAGCAUGGGGCCUGAGUGUUCUCCACUCCUCCUGAGAAAGGAGCUUGGGUGGAAGGACCACGCUGACCUCCUCCAUCAGAGGGCUCUUCCAGUAGUAUUGCUGGAUGCAACCUCCAUUUCUUAGUUACCGUCAUUUCCUGUAUCAGCUUUGUCCUUCCUGGAGGGAUGCACAGUGAUCCGGCCCACCACUGUUGUUGUCUUGUGCUUCUGCUCUUUCCUAUGGUUUCAGGUUAUUUUCUGGGUUUCCCCUAUUCUUCUUUUUUUUUUUCUUUUUUUUUUCAUAUUUGCUUUCCUUUCUACUGCUUUUAGAUUUGCAGGAGAUGGAAGUUUCAGCUCAAUGUUUGGCUUCUCUCAAUAUGGAAAUUUCAGAAGGACAGAGGAGAGGAGGGAGGAAGAAGAAAGUAUACUCCUCCAGAAUUUCAGUGAUAUGUCAUGGCAGUCCAGUGGAACGAAGGUCUUUUGAGGUCGCUUAGAAGCAUCCUUUUGGGACAUCUUUCUGGGAUCUCUGUAGGCUAGGCAUCUCAUAUCUUGAGACUCACCCCCAGCCUCCAAGCCUCGCUCCAUUUCUCUAACCUAUGCAUUUAGAGGGAGAGGGCCGCCUCACUAGUGUCACCAUCCUGCCUUUUCUAAAACAUAAAGGCUCACACACGGUACUCCUGCUUAAUGUCUGUGUUAAACGUUUUCUAACCAUUUUUGUUUUAUUUUUCUGAAAAAGUUAACCCCUCCCAACUCCUCACACAUUGGCUCUUCCUCUUGAGCCACAAAGUUUUGAUUCUUGCGAUGUAUGUGCCUUAUUUUAUGUUAAUCUUGUCAAUGAGAGGGACCAGUUGGUGUUGCCCAAUCAGCACUCCAAGGCUGUGUGUGCACCAGCCAGAGAGCACACGGUGGUAGCAGAGUCGAGGCUGUCUUGUAUCCUGGUUUCCUGUGUUGUUUUGAACUGAUAGGAGGAUGUUCUCUUCUGACAAGUUACCCUUGUGUAUCCUGCAGACAUGUAAAAUAAAAUACAAGUUCAUUUUUUUCACCUUUUUUAGAUUUUUAAAAAAAUAAAAUGUGUAAUCCUUUUUUUUUAAAAGAAACAUAUGUAAAUACAUUUAAGUAUUGUAGGCAUAGCGUUCGGAUGUGACUGGCCCAGGCGUUUCUCGGACAAGCCUGCAUUCCCCGUGAUCACGCCCACCUCAAGCCCAGGGGCUGCAGCCCAGCCACAGAUGAACUCUACCUUUGCUUUCAGAACCACUUAGUCCUUUUGUAACAAAGAAAAAAAAAAUGUUUCUUACAAUGUCAAUAAAAAAUUCUUUGUAUGGAAA